UGGCAACUCAUGGUAGAGCGGUCAUGGGCGAGAAACCGUUUCCUUUCAAAGCGCCAUCACCACAAGACAUGGUGGCGUUACGGAAGGCGAUCGAAGCAGGGUUGGCGGCCACCGUGCGCGACAGAGUGUGGGACAACCCUAGGUUCCUAGUCAGCAAUGGGAACACGCCAUCUAUUUUACAGGAGGGCUCAAGAUACAACGCAUUGCACAUAGCAGCUAAAGCGAUGAACGCGGAGAUCUGUAAUCUCAUAUUGACGACGGUGGGCAACCCGAUGUUCGUACAGACUCUGUACGGAAUGGACGCUGAUGCCGACUCUUGUAAGGAGUUCGCGGGCAUCCUAGUAGACCGUUACCUGAACACCCCCGACAAGGCGAUCAACGAGACGCCGCUCCACUUCGCCGCCAAGUUCGGCGCCGAGCACGUGGUCGACGUGCUCACGUCCUUCCCGCAGUGCAACCGCACUACCGUCAACAAGUACGGCGAGCAGCCCAAGGAUAUAAUCUGCAAGCGCGCCCCCAGCAGCGAGGCGGGCGUGUCGCAGCGCAUCGCGGGCAUGCUGCAGGAGCGCUACUACGUGCCCGUGUUGCACAGCGACGACGGCAGCGCCGUGCCCACCAUCGGCAGGCCCUUCACGCCCGCGCAACCGCCCGAAAUUAACAACGACCCCCUGAGCCCUCGCUACGAGAUCCGCGCCUACGCGGGCCCCAUGGAGGCUCGCGCGGCGGACCUGUUCCGGCGCCGCUGGAAGACCCCGCCCCGCGCCCCCUCCUCCGCGCGGGCCCCGCCCCUCGCCCCGCCCAGCUCGCUCGCCCCGCCCAGCCCGCACUCCCAGCCCUCGCCCAGUCCUAGACCACAGACAUUCAGGUUGAAAGAGCUUACGAAGGGAUUGGAGACUGUUGGCAGGAAUCUAGCGGAACAAAUGAAAGUAGGCUGGAAGGAGUACUGGCCCUUCUUAGACACGUUCACAGACCUCCGCACUCCCGAGGGCCUCACUCUCCUGGAGAACUAUCUCAAAGCCAAGUACGAGAGCGCGUGCUCCUUCGCCUACAGCGACAGCUGCGCGCAGUCACACGUGCCUGACGACCUCUCGCUAUCUAGAAUAAGUCUAUCUCUAUCACAACAACACAGCCCAGCUAAAGAGUCAACAUUAAGCCCAAUAUCAGAACUCUGUGUCGCUUUAAAGUCCUGCAAAAUUUCCGAACGGCCCGCCCAUUGGAAGAAGACCGAUCCGAUCCGACAAAGGCUUUGUCGACAGCCCGGAGCUAAGAUACCUAACGGAGAAGUACGAGAGGUUCGCGAAGUCCGAGAUGUACCCACAAUCAACCACACUGUCAGCCAAUUAGUCUGCAUAGAACGGACCUGCCAAGUCUUCGCUAAACGAAUAGCAGAUGCCCUAACAUUCUCUACGUCUGCGGAACCCGAAGCCGCCGGCGAUUCAUUAAAAUCCGAAGCGAAACACCUCCAACACACAAUCUUCACGUACAUGGACGACGAAAGGUUCCAGAAAAUCGACUUUGCUUUACUACACUCCCGGCUAGCGCAGCUGGUUGUAUACAAAUUGAAGCAACAAACUAAAGAUUUGGACGAAGUCAACCAUGUACUGGAGUUUUUAGUGAAGCUCCGAUGUCCGAACGACGAUAUAUUUAGUUCGGACGAAGACAGGAAGCCGACGUAUAGGUGUCCGAGUCGCGUCAAAGUGACUCAUGUUAUAGACAGUCAUGUUAGGUGUUUAGCGAGUUUUAUUUGCGAAGAGCUUUCUGAAGUUGAGAUACCAAAAGCGCCGGCGAUGUCCGAGAUAGAAUGCACGGAGCUUUGGGAGAAAGCGUCCAAAUGCCGGUGCGAUUGGAAGAUAGAGGUGUUCGAACGUAACAGUAAGAAGAAUGCGUCCUUCAGGAAGAACAGAUCUAUUUUAUCAACUAGUCCUAAGAGCGAGAGUUUUAUUAGAAGACUGACUUUUGACCAUGAUAUUGGCGACGGUCGCCUGCAGCACAGCGAGGCGGCCUGCCCCGUCAGCGUCAACUCUCCCGCCGGGGACAGCGGCGCGGGGCUCUACACUGUGGAUACUGCCAAGUGUCAGGUCGUUGCUGCUGAGCAGAUCUCUGACGACGAAUCAGUAGCAUCGUGCAACUCUGAGGACGAGGCGUUCCUCACCGCGUCAGAGUACUCCGAGCGAGACGACGACGACGGCAUGGAGGAGGCCAGCGACAGGGCUGUGGCGGAACCUUUCAUAUACGGGGAGGAGCCAACGAAAAUGGACCGCUUAGUUUACGACGCGCUGUGCGACACCAACAUCAGCCGCGACCAGUACCCCAACGUGUACCGCUGGAGGCACAGCGUCGCGCUCUACCCGCCCGACCAGAGGGACAACUGGCAGCCGGCCCCGUCCCCCGACGCGAGCACGUCGUGCGUGAGCGUGUCGUGGGCGGCGUCCUCCCUGUCGGGCCCCGCGCCGCUGGUGUCCAGCCCCUGCGCGCGCGCCUCGCCGCGCCUGGCCGCGCGCUGCUCCACGCCCAACAAGGACAGGGACGACGCCGCGCGAGCCCCGCCGCUACAGGUUUCAACGUGGAUGCGUGUGACUGGUCCCAACUCGCCGCGCUCUGCACUCGCGGUGAGACAAGCCAACCACAACGUCAGCUUCGGUUUUUAAACCGUAACAAACGAACCGACGCACUUUACAUAUACUACAUGUGGCCUUUACCUAAUAUAAUUAUAUCAUUUUAUAAAUUAACCUUUAUUUUGCAUAUUCGAGGUUUAUUGACACAUGAAAUCUCAAUAGUAUGUGUAAGUUUUAGUCGCGUUAUUUUGAUCGCUUAUUUGGCAGCGAUAUCUUUAAAUGUCCCCUGAUCUAAAUUCAACCUUACUUCUGUACUAAUAUGAGUCUUUACUGUAACCUAUUUACAAAUAAAAUAUUUUUAUAAUUUUAAAUAAGUCGUAAAAGCAUAAUUGUAUUGUCUCGGUAUUCCCGUUAUGAUUCUACGAAAAAAGUGUAAAUUAGUUAAUUUAAUUAUUGAAUAUGAUUCGAUAAAAAGUGAUUGAAUGUUUAAUUCUAUAAUUAUUUUUGAAUUGAGAAUGUUUAUAUAUUUUGUUUAUUCUUUUUAUGAUAUGAGAAUUGGCGCAGUACUCAAAACUUUUCUUACGUUAUCUGUGCAACUUAAAAUAUAUCUGACAUACAAAAUAUUACCACAUAUACUAAAGGUGAAUCCUUUACAUUCUACUUCAAUUUAUGAAAUCGCAUUGGACUUACAAAAUAAGUUAAAUGGGUAAUUUUGACGUAGUACAUUCGUUUGUAUUUAACAAAAUAAAGGGUCAUCUUUUACCAUUAUUCAUGAACACUAUAAUUAAGUAAACCUCUUGACAUGUACUUUAUUGAAGAUUUUAUAUUUGACUGCAGAGCAGUGCUAAUAUUUUGAUGUAAUAAGUCUUGCGAAGUUAUUAUACACAAUAUGUUCAAAAUAGCUCUCAAUGUACUCUUUGUUAUUGAUUUAAAUAUAUUAUAGAUACUUUCUAACAGGAAGAUGUUUUCAAAUGUUGUAUUCAAAUAAUGAAGAGUUUUGUUGCCUGGUCCUGGCACUUGCAUUAUGUAAAUCUCAUAAGUUUGACAUUAUAUUAUUAUGUUGUUAGUAACGCACGAAAAUAUUCACCUUGUGAUAACAAAUGUUUAGAUUCCUUUUACUUUUAAUGUUUAAUGACAAGUGUUGUGUUUAACCAGUAAUGUUGUUCCGUGGUUGCAUUUGUUCGUACCCAUGUCUUGUGUUAGAUGACAAUAAUGUUGUUUCACUGCGUUGAUUAGCAUUUAACGUAGGUAGGUCGCCACGUUGGACUCUGUGUAUGCCAAAAGCUGUGAGUUGUUGAUAUUACGUCUACGAAUGUUUGUACUUUUAUAUUUGAGAAAAUACGAGAAAUUAGCAAAUAAAAUGUAUGUUUUAUAUGAUAUGUUUUAAUUCACAUAGAUGAUAGAUAAAUAAAUUAUGACUGGUUCUUUU